AUGUUUGUGCCCAUCUUGCUACGUAAGGGCUCGCCGCUGCGGUUGGACUAUGGCAUUUGGAGCAUCCAGGGGCGGCGAAAGACGCAGGAGGACGCCCACUCGGCCGUGCCCAAGCUGCUUGAAGGAGAAGAGGAAGAGGAGGCCCAGCGCCCGUUCGCCUUCUUCGGCGUCUACGACGGCCACGGCGGCGAAAAGGCCUCGGAGUGGGUGGGCCAGCACUUUGACAAGAUCUUCGGCGACAAGAUCACGCAGAGCGGCAACCAGACAUCGGCCGAGGUGCUCUCCAAGGCGCUGCGGGAGGCGUUCCUCGAGGUCGAGGACCAGUGGAUGGGCAUCGCCGACCAGAAGAAGGAGUGCUCCGGUACCACCGCUGCGGUUGUGGUGGUGAAGGACAACGACAUCAUCGUGGGCAACGUCGGCGACACCGAAGUAGUCGUCGCCGCCUCCGAUGAAGCGGAGCAGCUGCAGGCCAUCGCAGUCACCGAGGUGCACAACCCCAAGAAGAACAAGGCCGAGGGCGAACGAGUCGUGAAGGAGGGCGGCAUCAUUCACCGGGACCGAGUGGGCCACCCCCAGUUCAACCCGGACCUCAUGUCCAUCGCCAUUUCCCGUGCCAUUGGCGACUAUGGGUUCAAGGCCAAGGAGUUCACGGGUGGCAAAAAUUCGGGCCUCAUUGCCGAGCCCUACGUGACGACCCUCACGCUGCAGCCCAACAAGCACAAGUUCUGCAUCAUCGCUUGUGACGGCCUGUGGGACGUGAUCACGGCCGACGAGGCGGUGGCCUUCAUCGCGAAGGAGCAGGCCAAGGAGGACAGCGACGCGGAGGACGCGGCCAAGGCGCUGGUGGAGGCCGCCUACAAGAAGGGCAGCACGGACAACAUCACCGUCCUCGUCAUCUACUUCCACUGGGACCGCCAGCAGCAGCAGUAA